UUGAAAUCGCAUUGCUGGCCUUCCGGCCAGCGCAAAUCAAUCGACAGGGUACCGGCUGCUCCAGCCGCCGCCAAGGGUCUGCCGCUAGUCCCCUGGAGGAUGGGGGGAGCUCCCCACCGCCCGAUUCUGCCAGAAAAAGUUACCUGGACUGAGUUCAAGAGGAAAAAAAGACGGACAGCAGCUUUUGGUUUUGUCAAUUACACCACUAUCCAAAGAAAACACGGCAUUGAUAGUCGAUUAUUGCUCAGCAUGGUAGAACUGCGACCUAGAAGGUCGAAGGCCACCACGGCUGCAGAGUCGGCCGCGGUGGAGGAGACGCCCAAGCCCAAGGUCGCAAAGACACCAAGGUCCACGAAGCGCAAGGCAACCGAGGAUGACUCUCCCGCCGCCACAAAGAAGCAAAAGUCUGUAAAGACCCCAGCCAAGACCAAGGACGUCACGGACACCCCAACCGAAGCCCCCGAGACCUCGACUCCGGCGCCCAAGUCGGCCAGGAAGCCGAAGACUCCGGCGAAGACUCCGGCUAAGAAGAACGACGCCGAGGACAGUGUCCCGGAGGCCCCAGCGGCCGCCGAGAAGGCAACCCCAAAGCCCAAGAAGGAGAAGACGCCCGCGAAGGCCCAGGAAACUCCCAAGCCUGCCGUAGCGGAGACCCCGAAGCCCGCCAGCAAGGCCACUCCCAAGUCCGCGCCCAAGGAAACCCCGAAGGCUGCCAGCAAGGAGACGCCCAAGCCCGCCCCAAAGUCUGCCGCGAAGUCCGCCGCCAAGGAGACCCCAAAGUCUGCGUCAAAGGAAGCCGACGAGACUCCUGCCCCCAAGCCCAAGGCCAAGCAGGAGAAGACCCCGAAGAAGACCCCGGCCAAGGCAGCCCCAGCAAAGGCAACUCCGGCCAAGGCAACCCCAGCAGCAAAGGCAACCCCAGCAAAGGCAACGCCGGCCAAAUCUGCAAAGAAGGCGGCCAAGAAGGCUGAGCCUGAGCAAAUUGUCGAGGAAAAGAAGAAUGUGGCCCAAGAGGUCGAGGAUAAGGCCCAAAACGACGCCGCCGAUGAGGAUCAGGCCUCAUCUGACGAGGAGGUUGACGAGCAGACCAAGGCCCUCGUCCAGGCUGUCGACAGCGGAGACGAGGACGAGCAAGCUUCUGGUGUGAUCACCUUCGAGGAAGGGCAGGAUGUGGGCCUCAUCCCCGACGUCUCCAAGGCGCUUACCAAGAAGGAGAAGAAGGAGAAGAAGGCACUCAAGGCUGCUGCUUCCAAGGAAAAGGAGGAGACUGGAGUCAUCUACAUUGGUCGUCUGCCCCACGGUUUCUACGAGCACGAGAUGAAGAACUACUUCUCCCAGUUCGGCCCUAUCCGCAACUUGAGGGUGUCUAGGAACAAGAAGACUGGCAGGGCGAAGCACUUUGCAUUCGUGGAAUUCGAGGAGGCCAGCACUGCUGAGAUUGUGGCCAAGACCAUGGACAACUAUCUACUUUUUGGACACAUUCUCAAGUGCAGUGUCAUUCCGAAAGACCAGGUCCACAAGGACCUGUUCAAGGGAUCCAACAAGAGGUUCAAGUCGAUACCAUGGAACAAGAUGCAGGGCAAGGAGAUGGAGCGGCCGAAGCUUGAGAAGCAGUGGGAGAGGAGCAUCAAGCGCGAGAACAAGAAGCGCGCCGCCAGAGCGAAGAAGCUCGAGGCCUUGGGUUAUGAGUUCAACGCACCAGAACUCAAAUCUGUCACUGAGGCAAAGGCCAUCGCAGGACAGGAGCAGCCAAAGGCGAUUGAGGCACCACCUGCGGCCGAGCCCGAGCCCGAGGCUGCCCCUGCUAAGGACGCUGCUGAGGAGAACACUGUCGAGAAGGCAGAGGCGGAGGCAGAGGCCACGCCAGCCAAGAAGCCCGCCAGAGGGAGGGGCCGGCCUGCAAAGACGCCUCAGAAGGCUGCCGCUACAACAGAGACACCCAGGAAGACGAGAAGGACCAAGGCGUAAUUUUUCGACGUCGAGUCGGCCGGCUAUAGUAUUAUCACUUCAUGUCUAAGGAUUGCAGUAGCCUCGUAGAUAUUCAAAUUGUCAUAUCUCGCACAAGCGAACCUAAGGAGUCCACUGGAGACACAAAGUCUCGGACAGUCAUCAGGAUUAUAAGUGCGAAUAUCGAUCUGCUUCGCAACAUUCAGUGAAUGCAACAGAGCUCAUGUGUGUAGACUACAGCGAGCUCUGGGUUGGCG